AUGGGCAUGUUGUUUUAUGCCGAUUUUUGAAUAUUCACAUAUUCUGUUUCAAAUUGGAUGGAAACCUAGCUAAUGAGAGCGAAGUCUUGCAUCUUGCUCAUCUCAAUAUCUGCGGUGCUGCUCGUGGCAACGUAAUUAUGCUAAAUCUACCUUUAAUGACAAGUUGUAUUGAAUGAUAGUGUCCUAGGAUCAGAAGGGCCAAAGUAGUGGAAUAGUGGUGAGGUUUUAAUUGAUGUAGGGUUAGUUGGUAGGGAUUUAAAAAUAUAUAUAAUUUUCCCCUACCCUUUUUGUGUCACAAAGUGUAAUGAACUAAUUCCACACUCCAGAACGGUAGGCGGACACACAGCCCACACAGGUUGGCAACAUGCACCUCUAACGUAUGCUUGGGGACUGCCAUAAUAUCAUAGAACAAGAAGAAGAAUUAGGAGUGUUAAUGGGAGGCAUUAAUGUUAUGAAGAAUCGAGAGACAGGGUGUAGUAGUGCGAUUCUGCUGGGUCCCAGACCAUAGCGUUGAGUGUAGAGGUGGAUCAAAUUAAAAGGAAUAUUCCUGGUGUUUGUGACACCUGCCGUUUGGUGAGAUGUAGACCCGGUGGCAAUGGCACAACUGAGAAUACCGUCUCUCUUGUUGAGCUUUGACAGAGUGUUUUUACCCGAUAAAGUCAGGUUAGGCUAUAUUUGCUAUUCUGUCAGGUCCUAUGUUCCGAACUGGCUACGUACGGUGCAUUAGGUUCCCACGAUGUGAGAAAUGUGCAGGAGGGCAUAGUUAGAGGAACAUUACAGUUGAACAUUACAGUUGGAAUGAGAAAGUACGUGUGUCAACUGUUGGCGUGCCCAUGAAGCUGGGGAUCCAAAGUGAGGUUACCAGAGUUUGAGAGGGUACGUUUCCUAUGGUGAGGCAGUGAAAGCGAGUAGAGGACUGAAAUGUGACCGAAAUGUGCAAUUCGCACUCUGACCUGCGAAAGACAGCAAUAUGCAACACAGCGUCCAGUCUGCCGGAAAGCCACAAGAACAAUUUCGCCACAGUUAUAAACUGUAUAUCACAAGUCUCAAAGGAGUCUAAAAACUGGACAUUAUUGUGGCUGCAGCAGAAACGAUUUUGGGAUUUAAGGAUUUUACAUUUGAAGACCGGAAAAACUGCACUCCCAGGUUCCCCUUGAGCCUACGUAGUAGGUAUCCGAUCUGUUUUUAUUUUAUUUUUUAUUAGCAGAAGGGGAAUCCUGUUUCCAUCCCGCAUAGUAGAUGGCGGGAUGCACAUGACAUUCUGUGAUCGCUAAUAAUAUACCAUAGAAGAAGAGAAGGAGCGUUCAUGUUUAUGUUUACAUCCAAACCAGUUUAGAUAUUUGUGUUAUCGCAUACUGUACGUUUAUUACUGAUGAUCCAGCAGUUGUAUUUUUCUGCAAAGGCGAAGAAGUAACGACCACGUCAAGAAGAACGAAGCCUACUUGCCAUCUAACGGUAGCUAGUUUCAGAUUCCUGCCUGACUGAGGAGAGUCAGAACGUCCAAAACGCUGAAGAAUCCUGUAUUAGGAUUUCCAGUGUCCAGAUGGUGUGGGUGUUCCUCAUGAACCGCAUGGGGUCUCAGGGCAGCACAGUGGCCCAGCGGAGACGCAUGGCCCUGGGGGUGGUCAUCCUCCUGCUGGUGGACAUCAUCUGGGUGGUCUCCUCUGAGCUCACCUCAUACAUAUUCAAGCGGCAGGAGUAUAACAAGCCCUUCUUCAGCACGUUCACCAAGACCUCCAUGUUUGUGCUGUACCUGUUGGGGUUCCUGCUGUGGCGGCCAUGGAGGCAGCAGUGCACGGGCAGUCUCCGGGGACGACACGCAGCCUUUUUUGCUGAUGCCGAGGCCUACUUUACCCCCUGUAUCAAUGACACCAGUUUGAAUGACCAUACCCUAAGUGAACCCUUGUAUGUUCCAGUGAAGUUUCAGGAUCUUCCGACUGAACAGACAAACUGUGCCAUUGGAGAUUGUGAUUCCACCUCUAAAAAGCAACGGGUGCGCUUCAGCAACAUCAUGGAGGUGCGCCAGCUCCCGUCCACACAGGCCCUGGAGGCCAAGCUAUCGCGCAUGUCCUACCCCGCCGCCAAGGACCACGAGUCCAUGCUCCGCACAGUGGGAAAGCUCACCGUCACCGACGUGGCCAAGAUCAGCUUCUUCUUCUGCUUUGUGUGGUUCCUAGCAAACCUCUCCUACCAAGAGGCCCUGUCGGACACGCAGGUUGCCAUAGUGAACAUUCUGUCCUCCACUUCAGGUCUCUUCACCCUCAUCCUGGCGGCCAUAUUUCCCAGUAAUAGCAGCGACCGCUUUACUCUGUCCAAGCUCUUAGCUGUGGCUCUGAGCAUGGGAGGAGUGGUUCUUGUCAGUUUCUCCAGCAUGGACAGCCCUGACGGAAAAGGCACUAUAGGCUCUCUGUGGUCAUUGGCUGGGGCUGCUCUGUACGCAGUCUACAUCGUCAUGAUCAAGAGGAAGGUGGACCGGGAAGACAAGCUGGACAUCCCCAUGUUCUUUGGGUUUGUGGGUUUGUUCAACCUGCUCCUCCUGUGGCCAGGGUUCCUUGUGCUUCACUACACAGGCUUCGAGGCCUUUGAGCUGCCCAGCAAGCUCGUGUGGAUCUACAUCCUCGUCAACGGCCUCAUCGGUACCGUGCUCUCCGAGUUCCUCUGGCUCUGGGGCUGCUUUCUCACCUCCUCCUUAAUAGGCACACUGGCCCUCAGCCUCACUAUCCCACUCUCCAUCAUAGCAGACAUAUGCAUGCAGAAGGUGCGUUUCUCCUGGCUGUUUUUCGCUGGAGCGGUUCCCGUAUUCCUCUCCUUCUUCAUCGCCACUCUGUUAUGUCACUACAACAACUGGGACCCUGUUAUGGUGGCGCUACGAAGAGUGUUUGCCUUUAUAUGCCGCUCGAAACACCGGAUUCAAAGAUUGCCAGAAGACUGCGAACAGUGUGAAAGCCUUAUUCCCUUACACACCGUCUCCCAUGACAAUGAAAGCUUCUGCUUGUGAUGCACCAGCCAAUCACAAGAUGGUGAAUACAGCGCAGAGCAGUGCGCAGAAGGUGAAGUGACAAUCUCAAAACGACCAAACAGAGACCUUACCCCCAGUGCCUCUCAUUCAACCUAUAUAUUCUCUGCAGUGUGGAGAUGACCGAUCCAUCUCUACAAGAUGAACUCUUUUUCCUUUGUACAACGUUGACGCGACUCGGGGGAAACCCACCUGGGGACAGAAACAUAGCAGUGUGUUUUGUUAUGUCGGAUUUCGUUGUGUAAAAAGAAGGACUUUAUGGUACUGAAAGUGCCAGCCUUUUAUCAAUGGCUCAUACUGUCAUGUGGCCACUUGAAAUGGUACAAGUUUUUAAAUAAUGAGACAGAGGCUUCAGUCAGACCAUAAGGAGAAAAGCAAAGGUGUUGUUUUUGUCGUGAGGGGAAAAGUGCUCUGAUUGGCUAAUGUAGAUGUAUCCUCUUGUUGGUUGGCUAAUGUAGAUGUAUCCUCUUGUUGGUUUUCUAUAGCCUCACUGCUUGUUCACAGGUGUGGGUUUGGAGCAAGCACAAUUCAGACCUGUUCAUCUAGAAAUAGUAUGGGUGUAAAAAGUUGGUAAUGUACUUCAUUAUCAGGCUGUUUAGGUGAUUUACGAAUCCGAUUUACAGAUCUGUCCAUAUUCAUAAAUGGUCUCAGAGUAGGAGUAUUGAUAUAGGAUUUGUUUAGCCCUUUAAAUCAUAAUGACUAUGAUUAUAUGGACACAGGGGACCUGCACUAUAUCAGCAAUGCUACUCUAGGACACUUUUUUUUAAAUACAGGUCCAUUUGUGCAGUGCCUGCUCAGAAUCACUGUGAACAAGCAGUAUCUGAAGUUUGAGAUUAGAAGAGAGCUGAGCACAGCUGUUGACUACCGCCUUUGAUUUCUCCCCCAUACUCUACAUCCCUCUAUCUCUGGCCCCUGGCAGCCAGGCAAUGCUGGAUCAUGAAGGAAAUCUGUGAUGAAGACGUUUGUAUGCGUUCUAAUGUGAACUAAGACUAACCCCUCAACUAAACUAAGCUGCAAAACAAAAGUUCUAAAUGCUGCUGCCUUUUCAACUGAAAACAGAUGCCAUCUCCAAACAGGUGUAAGUACUGUACUACGUCAUGAAAUGCAAAUACAUUGUUACUUUAGUUUGUAUUUCACAUAAUGACCCUUCUAUACAAAUAAUAGCUUCGAUGUUCUCAGAUGUUUUACUCCACUUGUUUGUGUAAAUCUUAACAUGUUAUGACACUAAAAAAGGUGGCAUGGAUUUAAGACAGACCAAGUAAAUAGAUUUUGCAGUAUGUUUAACAAAAGCACUAUUUUACCAUCCAAUUAAGUUCCCUUAGUCUUAAUAGAGACCAUUACCUAAUAAUGAUCUGUUUUAUCAUUUCUACCACUCCUCGGUGGGCAUUAGGAGCCAUGAAUGGAGACUUUAUCUGAUUUGAUUAUCGUUCAAAAAUUAUGUUUAAUGGUAAAAUUUAUGCCAUGAUAAUGUUUGUAUGUCCAACAAUUCUAUUUUAGACACAUUUUGUUUGAUCAGCACCUACAAUGCAAAUCAAUCACCCACUCACUCUUAUUCUGCUGCUGAUUUCAUUUGAUGAGUAAAAGCAUAUAUUUUUAGUUUUUUUUGUCUCUGUAACCCUUCCUGUACACCAUGACAAGGAGCAUGUUAUCAAUAUUUUUCCAUCAACUGUCAACCUGUGUACAGAACUGUUUUCCCAGUGCUCGGUAUGGAUAGGACACAUUUUAUGACUGGCGAUAAUUGCAGGAAGUAAUUACUUGCCCUGUAAAACUGUAAAAAAAAAAAAAAAAAAGUUCAGCCCCUUGAGCCAUCUUUAACUUUGUCUAACUCAGUUUUUACUUUCACAUUGUCAAAAAAAAAUGUAUACCUUAGCCAAUAGCUUUUGUCACUAUCAGCUGUGAUUAAUGCACAAAGGAAAUCAGCUGUGAGAUGUAUUUGGUUGUUUAAUUCAUGGGGUUCCUGUAGUCUAUUUAUAUUUGCAAAAACAGGAACUCUGGAACUGUACAUCAUAUGAUCAUCGGUAAGCUAAAAUGUAGAUAUGAAACAAAUGAUCAUAUCAUCCAUUUAUGGAGUUUCUUAUCGAUGGGCAGGGUGCCAGAUACAUAAGUGCAUUGUUUGUAAUUUUUUCAAAACUCAUGUUUUUAAAAUGUGUAUGUUUUCAAAAAUUCAAAAAAACAAUCAAUGGUGCUUACGGAAUGUGCAUAUAUCGUAUACAGUAGUUUUUUUUUUCUCAGGUACUUUUACUUUGUCCAAUCAGAUUUUGUUUUGAUAAUGUCCCUUCCUUUAUUAAUGGAUCUCUUUUUAAAAGAUGUAUGCUGAUUUAUAAAAGUGUGAUUAUCAUAGUUUACUGUAUCAUCACAAGCUCUUUUGAUGUGAAGAUUCACCCAUUUUCAAAUGUUAUAUCGUUUUUGUGCAUCUCUGAGCGAUGUUCUAUUUAUUCUUGGGAACAUGCACAAAAACAAUGUAAAAAAAUAAAUAAUAAUAAAUGGGUGAAAGUGAAUCUUUUGUUUGUCUUUGUUGUUCCGUAAGUCCCUUUUCAAUGUUAUGCUGCACUAUUAAAACUAUGUGAAGAUGUAUUUUCA